GUCAAUACGCCCCUGUGUCCAUGGUGAGAGGUUGAGGCGUCCGAGCUCCGGCACAAGGCACCAGGGCGCCGGGAGGGCGAGGAUGUCAGCUUCGUUAGUCCGGGCCACCGUCCGGGCUGUGAGCAAGAGGAAGCUGCAGCCUACCCGGGCCGCCCUCACCCUGACACCUUCAGCAGUAAACAAGAUAAAACAACUUCUUAAAGAUAAGCCUGAACACGUAGGUGUGAAAGUUGGUGUCCGAACCAGGGGUUGUAAUGGUCUUUCUUACACUCUUGAAUAUACGAAGACAAAAGGAGAUUCUGAUGAAGAAGUUGUUCAGGAUGGAGUCAGAGUGUUCAUCGAAAAGAAAGCACAGCUAACACUUUUAGGAACAGAAAUGGACUAUGUGGAGGACAAGUUAUCCAGUGAGUUUGUGUUCAACAACCCAAACAUCAAAGGAACAUGUGGCUGUGGAGAAAGCUUUAAUAUUUGACGCCUCAGGACUGCUGUGGCGGGAGCUCCAGGAAAGCGGUGGGAGCCCCGGCUCACUGAAGAAAUCGUGUGACUGUCACGGGCUUAAGGCUGAUAAUGCAUGGCUGCCUCAGGAGGAAAAUAAACUGAUACAUUGUGGAAAUGAAGCCAGUGUGUUAGAUUUCAGAAGUGAUAUUUGUAUUCUUUUUAGGGGACAGAAGGUGAGAAGCCAUCACUGUCUUUGGGUCAUUUUUCAGAUCUGUAAAGAAAUAAAAUCCUACCCUGCACUUAAUUCUUUUGCAUCCUUUCUGUUAGAAACAGUUGUACGGAAGGUGCCUAACUGGGAGGAUUUCGGGAAGCACAUUCUUAAUAGGUGUGCACUCUCUAGUUCUCUGUUGAACAGUUUGAAUGUGCUUCUCCAGGCCAGAUCAAUGGUUCUUAAAAUUCAGAGGCAGAAGUCCUGCUGGGUUGAUGUGGUGGCUGCACUGUUUUUCUAUACAAGCUUGGCAUGGCUUUUCUACUUUUUUUUUUUUUAAUCCUCACCUGAGGAUAUUUUUGCAUUUAUCUUCAGACAGAGUGGGAGGAAGGG